UUGCGGCGGACGUGGUAAAUCGCUGACAAAAUGUCGCAUUGUGUAACUUUUCAAACACAGUUGGCAUCUAUCAUGGAUGUAUUAGCCAAAGCGGUCGUGGCAGAAAUGUUAAAACUUAUCCCAAAAGCGGAAGGUGGUUCCUCUUCUGCAUUGAGUUUGGACAUGGCUAGAGGUCAGAGUGCGAAUCAAUCUCCGAAGAAAUCACAGCUGAUGGAGACAGAUCUUAGGACGGUUCAAUUAGUCGCCAUCAUGGAGAUUUUGGUUAAAGAGGCGCUGGACAAAAUUGGUAAACUUGUGGACGACGGUUGUGCUGUGCUGCGCUUGGAAACGUCCCGGAGUCAGAAUGAGAAUGAGGAGCUGAAGAAGAAACUAUCGCUGAUGGAGAGUGAACUAAAGACGCCGCGAAGACACCGAAAGUUUAGAACUCAGGAGGUCUCAGCAGAUAAACCCAGCCGAUCAGUCGGUGUUCAGACUGGCGCCGAAUUCACAACAGUAUGCGACUCAGAGGAGCAUCAUUCGGCCGUUGGGCUAUGUAGUGGUGGAGAGCCCACAGCUGUGGAGGAGGACACACCAAUGCAGUCUGUCAUCACAUGUGAUAAGUCCACAGACAUGGAGGACAGGCCUGGAUCACUUCUGGUCAAGUGUCCGCAACUUGAGAUGAGUCCAGCGAACAGUGACUCGCAGAGAGGACUGCAGAUGAAUCACCAGACAGAUGCAGUAGACUCCAGUGCUGAUGCUGGAAGCAGACUUGCCAGUGAGCAUCCACAGUGUGAGGAGGAGCAGAACCCACAGCCCACGCAAGCUGAAGCAAACUCAGACAUUAAAGAUAAAAAUGGACAUACCCUGAUGCGUACGAGAUCCAAAACAAUGAAGAAACCAUUUCCGUGCACAGUCUGUGGGAAGAGUUUUGGUAGGCAAAGUAAUCUUAAAGCUCACAUGGUUGUUCACACAGGAGAGAAACCAUUUAAAUGCACACAAUGUGGGAAGAGGUUCACAGCUAAAUGUAGUCUGAAUGUACACCAGCUAAUAGUUCACAGAGGUGAGAAACGAUUCAGUUGUACAUAUUGUGGAAAAAUUUUUGGUACACAAAGUCAUCUUAAGGAACACCAGGUUAAAGGAAAGAGCCCAUUUAACUGCACACAGUGUGGGAAGGAUUUCCCAGCAAAAUGUAGUCUUAAACUACACAGAUCAACUGUACAUAAAGGUGAGAAACGAUUCAGUUGCACUCACUGUGGGAAGGGUUUUGCCAGACAGAGAGAUCUAACAGCUCACAAGUUGGUUCAUACAGGGGAGAAACCUUUUACCUGCAUAAAUUGUGGGAAGUGUUUUACAGCGAAGCGUAGUCUAAAUGUGCAUAUUCAGACAGUGCACAAUGGAGAAAAACCAUACAGCUGUGAUACAUGUGGGAAAAAAUGCAGCCAGAAAAGUGGGCUUAGAGCACACGAGAGAGUUCACACAGGAGAAAAACCAUAUGACUGUGUCAAAUGUGGGAAGAGUUUCUACAAUAGAAGUGCUCUUAAGAUACAUCAGAGAGUUCAUACUGGAGAGAAAGCUUAUGUCUGUGAUUUGUGUGGGAAACAUUUUAGUCAUGCACCUAAUCUUAGCAGACACAAACGAACUCACACAGGAGAGAAAGCGUUUAACUGUGAGAUAUGUGAAAAAAGUUUUACCCAAGCUAGUCAUCUGAAAGUACAUCAACGAAUUCACACAGGAGAAAGACCAUUCACUUGUGAAAUAUGUGGGAAUAGUUUCAAUCAGAAAAGUGCACUUAAAAUACACCAGGGAAUUCACACAUUGGAGAAACCAUACAACUGUGCUGAGUGUGGAAAGAAUUUCUGUUCUGCAACAUAUCUGCGUAAACAUCAACAAAUACACUCAGGAGAGAAACCAUACAGUUGUGCUGCAUGCGGAAAGCGUUUCCGUUCUGCAAAUAAUCUUAAAAUGCAUGAACAAGUUCAUACAAGUGGGAAACCAUAUGGCUGUGAUAUAUGUGGACAACGUUAUAGUUCUGGAAGUUAUCUUAAAUCGCACCAGCUGAUUCACACAGGGGCAAAACCAUACAGCUGUAGUGAAUGUGGGAAGAGUUUCACGAAACAAAAUAGUCUUGAUGCACACCAACGGACUCACACAGGAGAGAAACCAUUCAGAUGUGCUGAAUGUGGGAAGAGUUUUAGUGUUUCCCAGAAUCUUACUCGGCACCAGCGUAUUCACACAGGAGACAAACCAUUUGUUUGCAUUAUAUGUGGAGUUGGUUUCUGUCAGGCAAACAAUCUGAAAGCACAUCAGCAAACACACACUGGAGAGAAACCGUACAUCUGUGACAAAUGUGGAAAAUGUUUUGCUGCUCUAAGAAACCUUAAAGAACACAAGUGUGCAUACAGUUGAAAGAAACAAUUUUGCAAACUGCGGUUGGAAUGGUCCACUUGACCUUAAACGAUCUAUGGAAGGUCAUUCAGCAAAAUGUACUAUC